AGAAAAAGAAGUAAAGCUUUUGGACAGGCAAAAAAAAAAAGGAAAUAUUUCAAUAGCCGACUUGAAAGGCUUCAAUGACAGCAGCAGCAAUGGCUGGUUCCUUUAACCCGUCUAUUUAUAUUAUACCAUGAACAGCCAAUUGGGAGGUCAAAAUAGUAAUCUAAGUCUACAAGAACAGCAGACGAUAAGAAUGAUGCAAGCUGCAAUGGAGUCCUGUGUGGUAAAAACAGCCAUGUCAGGAGCAGCAGGCUUUGCUAUGGGAGGUGCUUUUGGUUUAUUUAUGUCAUCGUUUGAAUAUGCUGGACCAGUUAUGAAUGAGGAUCUUGUUAAACAAACAACUAAACAACAAAUUAAACAUGCAUUCAAAGAUAUGGGAACUCGAUCUUUGUCGAUGGCAAAGAAUUUUGGCUUAGUAGGCAUGAUCUACUCAGGAACAGAAUGCUGUAUUGAAUCAUAUAGAGCUAAAAACGACUUGUACAACAGCGUCGCAGCAGGCGCUUUUACAGGGGGACUGUUGGCAGCGAAGGCUGGACCACAAGCCAUGGCACUCGGUGCUGGUGGCUUUGCUGCUUUUUCCCUAGCGAUCGACUGGUAUAUGCAUAGAGAUUAAUGUGUAGUUUUAAUAAAGAGAAUCUUGUUGGAAAGUCAUGGCUGAGUACAGUAUGUACCUCCUUGCUGUUUGUGUUUAACAUAGUGCCUUUGCUUGAUCAAAUGUCAAUUCAUCAUGCGAAAGAAUUUGCAGCGAGACUUCUCGAUAUUGCAGGUACAACUCUAUAAGAUUAGUGAAUUAUGGAUGUGCACAAUCGUAUAUCAUAGCAAAGCUCGUUUUUAAUCAAUGAGUAAAACUUGCUCAUUCUUAAAAAAGAGCUUGAGCUGCUAAAUAGAUUUCUAUAUCAAUAAAUAACAUUUGGAAAUGCCC